UUACCUACAUAGCAUCUCGUACUUACCGACAUCCUUACCAUGUUUUCAGUAUUUGUGUGUAAUUUUUUCAGUAUUUGUGUGUAAAAAAUGGCUCUAGAAAUGGAAACUGAGUAUAAAAUACUAAAUCUGUACAGAACGAAGCAAUACGAUGCAUGCAACCAAUUGCUGGACACAAUGCAAGGCACAGACAACAGAAUGUUGGAGUUCAUACGUAUGAGAGUUCUGACGAUUCUGGCCAAAGUAGCGGGUGAUGGUUACGAGGAAGUUGGCUAUGGAGCCCAGAGGGAUGAGCUGGUCACCACAGCUGUUGCGAAGACCCCUCGACCUGGGACCACAUUUCAUAGACCUCAAGCCAAAACUGCUGGAUUUACUGCCACUACUCGAGCCAUGGCCACGACGUCAGCUCGGCGCCAGACGGGCACAGCCUCGAGCCGCACUCUGCACACCGCCGCGAGGGCGUCCCGCGCCGCCACCGCCACCGCCGGGGCCUCCCGCGCCAGCACCGCCGCCGGGGGCGCGCUGGGAGCCGGCGCCGUGUUGCCCCUCACGCUCACCAUGCUCAACACGCAAGAUCAACUGUUUCAUGCCGCUGGGAAGACGCUGUUUGAGUACACGUUUUACUGCGAAGGGGAUGUUCGUAAGGCCUUAGAAAUAGCCAUGCAAGCAACCAAAAUUGACACCCAUCCAGAUUGGUGGUGGGACUACUCCAAGGCAAAGUGCUACAAUGCGCUCGGAAUGCAUCGCACAGCUGAGGAAUCAUUACGGCAAGCACUUAAGAAGAAUAAGCACAUAGCUGUUUACCUGCGCCUGGUGGCUAUGUAUGUGGAGUUGAACCAGCCCCUGUCGGCUUUGGAAGUGUGUAAGCAAGGUUUAACGAUCUUCCAUGACGAUACAGCCUUAACUUUAGAGCAGGCACGAAUUCACGACGAAAUGGACAACUCAGCUUUGGCUGUUCAAGAUUACCGAAGGGUGGCCCUGGAGGAUCCUACGAAUAUGGAAGCGACUGCGUAUAUUGCAUUGUUCAACUUUUAUAAUGAUCAGCCGGAAAUAGCUCUGAGAUACUACAGGAGGCUUCUAGCGACAUGUCCACCGGGUGCAGAAAUCUACAACAACUUGGGUUUGUGCUGCCUGCACUGCAACCAGUGGGACCUGACCCUGCCGUGCUUCAGACAGGCCCUGUACUUCUCCACCAACCCCACCAUACGAGCAGACGUCUGGUUCAAUAUCUCUCAUGUCGCAUUAUCAACGGGGGACCUGCAGCUGGCUCGCCGAUGCCUGCAGCUGAGCUUGGUCAUGAGCUCCGAACAUGAGUCCGCGAGGAAAGCGCUAAGAGCCAUUGACGCGCAUUUACGAAACAUAAAAUAGUAAUAGAAUUAGAAUACUUACUAUAGUUGAUGAAACUCUGUUGAUAUAAUAAUAUGUAGUUAUAGUGAACCGAAAUAACAUUACAGUGUGGAAAGUGAAAUAAAUAAAAUUU